AUGCCAGGGGUGUGGAAGCUGCUACGCAUCAUCAUCUAUAUGGUGGUUGGGAUGGAGUACGUCGUUGGUAGCGGCGAUAUCUGGCCGUUAGAGAGACCAGAGGGCAUGCCUGCCAUUCAAUCACUGGAAGUGAUGUGCGGCAAGGACCACAUGGACGUACAUUUGUCAUUCUCACAACCGUUCGAGGGUAUCGUGUCAUCCAAGGGACAACAUGCCGACCCAAGAUGCGUUUAUGUACCACCCUCCACUGGACAAACAUUCUUCUCAUUCCGAAUAGCAUAUGCAAGAUGCGGAACGAAGCCAGACAUGCACGGUCAGUUCUACGAGAAUACAGUAGUCGUGCAGUACGACAAGGACCUCCUGGAGGUUUGGGAUGAAGCCAAGAGGCUGAGAUGCGAAUGGUUCAAUGACUACGAGAAAACCGCCUCAAAACCCCCGAUGGUUAUAGCUGAUCUCGACGUAAUUCAGCUUGACUUCAGAGGCGACAACGUUGAUUGCUGGAUGGAAAUUCAACAUGGAAAAGGUCCCUGGGCUCCGCCAGUUUCUGGAAUUGUGCCUCUUGGCUCAACUCUCACUUUGGUUGUUGCGAUCAAUGAUUACAGAGGAGAGUUCGAUAUGCGCGUGAAAUCAUGUGUGGCAUCUGACGGAGGUGGACACACGAUACAGCUCAGCGAUGAGCUCGGUUGCGUGCUGAGGCCAAAGAUGAUUAGUCGAUUCUUGAAGGCGCGUGGCUCUGACGAUCGUGCGACUGUCAUCACUUACGCUUUCUUCCACGCCUUCAAGUUCCCGGACGCACUCAGUGUGCAUAUCAAGUGUAAGGUUGAAAUAUGCCGACACGGAUGCUCGGAUCACUGUCAACUGAACGGUGCUCCCGGUCAUUAUAUUCAAGACCGCAAAGAUCACCCAGCUCGACCGCUGUACACUCAGACAACUCAAACAACGACUGUUCACGAGGAAGACGCAUCACUUUACGACGAUAUUAUACAGAAUGGGGAUGAGAUGGCCUCGAUCGGUGGUCAAUUCCUCGGUGUUGAAAAGUCAGCACCUAAGGCACAAGCACAAAUGGCCAAUCGUAACUCCGAUAAUGGGGCUGUCAAUGAUAUGCAGAAGGAUAGUAGACCUGAGGAGCCUAAAAUUACACAUCCAUUCUUGGACCCCCCUCGAGUGACUUCCUACAGAGACGAGGACCAAUUUCCCCACGGACCGCGUAAUCUCGAAGGAAGUGACACAACAAUAGACCCCCUGAAAUCAAGUGGCAGUUCGCGAAAGCGUCGUUCUGUUAAAAUAUCAGAUCGCAAAGCACGUUCAGCGGACGUUGGCGUCAGUGGUAUCUACGAGGUCAUAUCCGAGGCAGACUUGGCAUUCAGUCCCGACACCCAUGCAGAAGCGGUCACUGUGUUUCAGGGUAGAAUACGAGAAGAAGUUGUGUAUGGUAUUUGCCUGCCAAUGCCAGGUUUCAGUGCUUUAUUCAUCAUAGUUGCUCUAUCGGCAGUUAUAUCUGCCCUAGUUGCUGGUGCUAUGUUACAUAGACUUCAGGUGCAACGUGAAGCGGCUGACAAUCAGAAGAAUCAGGUCGCUGUUGCCAAUCGCGGAUGGUUGCCAUACGGACUUCUGCGAGUCAGAUGUACGCAGCGCGAGCAGAGGGUUCAGAAGACACAAGUCAGUCCGGGAAAUUCAAUCGAACGCGGCUGAAGAUAUUGGCGAUGAUGAUCAACAGUGGCGCAAGGAUGUCCUGGAUCAUUUCUUCACCUUCUAAUUUCAGUAUCUUGUACUUCAAUCGUCUAUUCCUUGGGCACCUCCUUCGGCCGGAACCUCUUUAUUGUGUGUUCUAUCCAAAUUACACCCGGCAAUCCACAAAGACAAUGUGCAAUAUAGUGUACAAAGUAUUCUAAGUGUUUUCUAAUGAGAUUUUCAUAAGAGGUUACACUACGGGGGCCCAAAUGUUCACAUUAAGCAUCAUCUCCUAUGCCUCGAGAUUCUCUUACCUUUUAUUGUAGUUAAGGAAUGGUUUUCGGAAGAGGAAUUUUCAUGAUAAACAUUCGCAUCGUCUGUUUGAACAUUGAUCCUUCCCUUAUUCUGUGCAUUACAUCUUCAUAUUAUAUUUACGAUUUUUUGGGACUCGAGUCUCAAGUGCGGUGCUUCGAACUCCCAUUCAGUUAUUCCAAUGAAAUCAUUAUACCAUAUUUUUUGUUACUAUUUCACUUGG